GCACGUAUUGACCCGCCUGAACACACCUCAACAAGCACCAAGACAAACACAUCAUCUUACAGGAAUUGCGACUUAUGACUUUUCCUUCACAGGAUUGAGAAGCAAAUAGCAAUCGGACACUGGACAAGACUCUUACCUGCUGACAUUGAGCUAAACACAGCUUUUGUUGGACCUUGGACUUUCACUCUUGAUUUUUUUGGAGUGAUUUUUAUUCAGUUUUGAUCUUGGGACACUGUUGAGAGAGCCGGCGGGUGCCUGAAUUGAUGUAUGCGCUCUGCUGACACUGACAUUUGUUGAUUAUCCAGAGACUGUGUUUCUAUAAGCAGCUGGUAAGCUUACUUUUCCUACGACUUUAUGUCUACAAAGAUGGAACAGCCUUUUUAUCAUGACGACUCUUUUCUGUCGGCUUACGGCCACUCAGAUGCAGCAAUGCACGACUACAAACUGCUAAAGCAGAAUAUGAAUUUGAACUUGACAGAGCCCUAUCGCCACCCGAAAUCCCAGCUGAGAGCCGAGACAGACCCAUACCACGGGGCGCAGCAAGACGUGGGGUCCCUGAAGCUCGCAUCUCCAGAGCUUGAGAGGCUCAUCAUCCAAAACAGUAACGGUGUCAUCACCACUCCCACCCCGGGCCAGUACUUCUACAACCGGGGCAUCACCGAUGAGCAGGAGGGGUUCGCUGAGGGGUUUGUGAAAGCCCUGGACGAGCUGCAUAAGAUGAACCAGAUGCCCCCUCCUAACGUGUCCAUCGGAGCCGGUGGAGUUACGACGUGUUCGCCGGCGGCCUCUAGUGUCUUCGGCUCCGCCUUGCAGCCUGAACCUCCUAUCUACACGACACUGAACGCCUACUGCCCGAACACAAACCUCUCUUCCGCUUCCAGCUACCCGACAGCCACUAUCAGCUACCUGCCGCCACACCAGCAGAGCCACCCGCAGAACUCGACGCACGGCACUCACCCUUUCCAGCACCCCGGCUCCGGACUCCAUCCGCAGCGGCUUGUCGCUCUGAAGGAGGAACCUCAGACCGUGCCUGAUCUCCUCAGCAGCGAGGGCUCGCCUCCAAUGUCCCCGAUCGACUUGGAGUCCCAGGAGAGGAUCAAGGCGGAGCGCAAGAGGCUGAGAAACCGGCUAGCGGCGACCAAAUGCCGGAAGCGCAAACUGGAGCGCAUCGCGCGGCUGGAGGAGAAGGUGAAAGUCUUGAAGAGCGACAACGCGGGGCUCUCCAACACAGCAUCGGUGCUCCGGGAUCAAGUGGCCCAGCUCAAACAGAAAGUCCUGACACAUGUGAGCAGCGGCUGUCAGCUGAUGCUUACAAGCAAGAUGGAAGCAUUUUAAACAAGAGAGACUACUAAUUGACUGAAAAGUAGGUAAUAACACUGGAGCCAUGUUCUGCAUGCGCAGCACUGGAAUACCGGCUGAUGUGUUGACAACACUGACAGCAGCACAGGGCCGAGGGCUAUGUGUAGACAACUCUUUAGGCUAUUUAGGGUGAAAAGACUGAUUGAAAUGGUACUUCCGGAUGCUGGACACCGCUCAAAGGACCAUUCAACCCUAUAAACCAGGGCAGCAUCCAGACUGAGCAGACACUGAGAAACACAGCGGGCACAGGCCCACAAGUCUGGUUUACUAAUGGUAGAAAAUGGGAACGAUUAUUGUAUUUCUUUGUACUUUUGCAAGCAAUUAUAUUGUCAUGCAAUGCUGCAUUUAUUCAUUGUGUAAAUUAUUUUGUUUGUCUGGUUGAUCCAGACAAACUAAUGAUGUCCAAUGUUUACAAUGUCUUUUUUUAUUUGUGAUGUGUAUUUAAGUAAAGUGUCUUAAAAAAUGAA